AGCAGCGCUGAGCGCAGUGCGAGGAGGACCUACAUCUCGGAUAACAGAGCUUUAGCUACAUCGGAGCCACAAAAAAACCGACACGGAAAUUUCGCAUCCAAAUCACAGCAAUGCGAAGAAAGUCCAGGAUACUACUGUGCUUCGCUGUUCUGUGGGUGCUUGGCAUCGCUUAUUAUUUCUAUUCUGGAACAGCGCUGAAUCGAAAGGAUGACUGGAACAGCUUCGACUCGUCCAGUAGAAAUCAAGCACACGGCAAUGCGGAGGACAAGGCUCACAGCCUGGAGACGCUGCCCCCAGGUAAGGUGAGGUGGCAGGACUUUGACCAGGAUCUGUACGUGGGCGCGACGGUGGUGCGACCGGGACAGGAUCCCUACGCCCGAAACAAGUUCAACCAGGUGGAGAGCGACAGGCUGCGCAUGGACCGCACCGUGCCUGACACCAGACACGACCACUGUCGGCACAAGCAGUGGAGGACAGACCUGCCGGCCUCCAGCGUGGUCAUCACCUUCCACAAUGAGGCUCGCUCCGCCCUCCUGCGCACGGUGGCCAGUGUCCUGAAGAAGAGCCCCCCCCACCUUGUUAAAGAGAUAAUCCUGGUCGACGAUUUCAGCGACAACCCUGAAGAUGGUGCCUUGUUGGGUAAAAUAGAGAAAGUACGAGUCCUUCGAAAUGAUCGUCGAGAAGGUCUGAUGCGGUCCCGGGUGCGAGGUGCCGACGCCGCCACCGCCAGCGUGCUGACCUUCCUGGACAGCCACUGCGAGUGCAAUGAGCACUGGCUCGAACCCCUACUGGAGAGGGUCGCCGAGGAUAAGACACGAGUGGUGUCCCCCAUCAUCGACGUCAUCAACAUGGAUAACUUUCAGUAUGUGGGUGCUUCCGCAGACCUGAAAGGAGGGUUUGACUGGAACCUGGUGUUUAAGUGGGACUACAUGACCUUGGAGCAAAGGAGGGCACGACAGGGCAACCCCAUCGCUCCCAUCAAGACCCCCAUGAUCGCCGGCGGCCUCUUCGUCAUGGACCGGGGCUACUUUGAGGAGCUGGGGAAGUAUGACAUGAUGAUGGACGUGUGGGGCGGAGAAAAUCUGGAGAUCUCUUUCCGCGUGUGGCAGUGUGGGGGCAGCCUGGAGAUCAUCCCGUGCAGCAGAGUGGGGCAUGUCUUCCGAAAGCAGCACCCCUACACCUUCCCGGGGGGCAGCGGCACCGUGUUCGCCAGGAACACCAGGCGAGCGGCGGAGGUGUGGAUGGACGAGUAUAAGAACUUCUACUACGCCGCCGUCCCGUCUGCCCGAAAUGUCCCCUAUGGCAACAUUCAGAGCAGACUGGAGAUGAAGAAGAGGCUGGCCUGCAAGCCGUUCAAGUGGUAUCUGGAGAACGUCUACCCUGAGCUGAGGGUCCCGGACCACCAGGACAUCGCCUUUGGCGCUCUGCAGCAGGGAGGAAACUGCCUGGACACCCUGGGGCACUUUGCGGACGGCGUGGUGGGGGUGUACGAGUGCCACAACGCUGGCGGUAACCAGGAAUGGGCCCUAACGAAGGAUAAGUCGGUCAAACACAUGGACCUGUGCUUGACGGUGGUGGACCGUGCCGCGGGCUCCCAGAUCAAACUGCAGGGCUGCCGGGAGAAUGACAGCAGACAGAAAUGGGAGCAGAUCGAGAAUAACUCCAAGCUACGGCACGUUGGGAGUAACUUGUGCCUGGACAGCCGCAGCGCGCGGAGCGGCGGGCUGACCGUGGAGGUGUGCGGCCCCGCCCUCACGCAGCAGUGGAAGUUCACCCUCAACCUGCAGUCCUAGGCCCUUCCCCCCGCCACGCGCCACGCCCAACGCCCAGCCGGCCAGGACAAACCCAGCAUCAAGACGGAGACCCGAGUUCACAGACAGACACGGAGGAAGAAGAAGAAGAAGGAGAAGAAGAAAAAAAAAAAACGACUUCCCGUGAUGAGGACGAUGACGAAGGUGACGAUUUCCAUCCAACGAUAUACCUCAGUGUUUCAUCUUGGUCCAGUUUUUUGGAAUUUGUGAAUUCUUGUUUUUUUUUUCCUUUCUGAAAAUUGAAAUGGAAUCAUGUUUUCUUUGAUGUUUUUCUUUUAGUUUUUUUUUUUUUUUCCUUUUCCGGUCAGCCCUGAGGGGAUACAUUAAGGUGUUUUCGUAGAUCUCAUUUGUGUGGGAUGUGAGAGGCGUGGGAGUCACCCGCAAAGCUCCCUCACCUGUCUGCAGUUUUGCCGUGGAGCAGCUUUCUCGGGACACCUUCGGUGAUUCGGGUUACGCUGGUUUGAAUUGUUUACGAAAAAGCUGCUGGUGGAGGGGGGAGGGGGGGAAGGGGGGCAACAGGCUACUCCUCUUCAGCGUUCCUCACACCUGCUGGAGUUUUAAAAAACAAAAAGAACAAACUGGCAUAAAAAAGACCUGCCUCAUUUUCUACGAUGUGCACCCAGCACCGUUCUCUUCCGGGUCACCGCUGAAGAGAGCGCAAUGUGAAUCAAACUGUUGCUUUUUACGGGUGGAGAAAGGAACCGUCCAGUCCUGCUGCUGGACCCUGAUGGAGCGUAGCACUGGUUGCUAUAGGAGCUCAGCCUCUAACCGGCCCUUUCUCCACCUCUGUACAGGAAAUACUCAUCUAAUUUCAUCUUUAAUAUUAGUUUUUUUUAAUCAUCACAAGGACAAAAAAAAUCAGUGCAUUGUCUAUUGGUGUAGCUGUCGUUUUUCCUUCUAAUAGAGAGAUGGUUUGGUUUUUCUCCGCUAUGUAGAAUAAUCGGCUGAAUGAACAGGCUUAAUAUGAACUGUUUUUUUUCUGUUUGGAAGCUCCUGAUUA